AUGCACUCCAAUGGAACGCUGAUACCGGAAGGCCGAGUUCCCCAAGCCCUCCCCACAAGGACAUCCCCCCAUUCCGAGACGCAGAGCAUUGAGAGCCGCCUGUCCGCUUCUCCCGGCCUUGAGCGAGACAUGAUCACCGGAAAGGAAUUCCAGGAAGUGCCAUCCCAGGAUCAGGAACGGACUGGCCCGGGUAGCCCUCGCAGGCAGCCGCGGCCGCCUUGCUUGAGGACCGGCAGCUUGGUAACCAAGCCCAACCCGGCCAACCAAAACCCGGCCAACCAAAACCCGGCCGAACCACCGGCAGUCAACUACAUGUUGCCAGUGCAGUGCUUGGACCCUAGACCCCUGGAGGAGCUCUACAACGAGCGCUCCUAUCUCGUUUACAAUCUGCAGAAGGAAGACGUCAGGUCAACCCAUCUGCAUCAGAGGUUUGCCGCCGUUGAAGCUCGGCUCCUUGCCGCGCAGACGGCAUCCGAGGCGAGGAGGUGCACGAGAGAGGCUGCCGCAAUCAAGACCAAGAUUGCCAAGAGCACGCAGCAGGAGCAGCUGAUUCUGCUGCGGCUGGAUGAGAUUCACGUCGAGCUACUGAACCGGUGCCGCUGGAUGCAGGCACAUCAACAGCAGAUGCCUCAACCAGCGCCAACCAUGGAGUAUAUGAAGUAUCCCCCUGGUUCGGCCGCUGGCGGUCCCGAAGUCAGCCCGUGCUCCGACACCCCCACCCCCCUGACCGGCCACUCUCAGGACUAUUUUUCGUGCAGCUCGGCCUUGAGCCCGCUGUCUCCGGCUUUCACUCCCUCCGGGGACAUAAUCUUCUCCGAAGACAUCUGGUCCCGCAACUCGGGCGGGACGGCGGCUAAGGAAACGGAGAUUGAGACCCAGCCUCCGGAAUCUACUGGCGAGGCGGCCGACAAGGGUCAGUCAAAUGGCCCAGAAAAUGGCCCAGACGUGGCUGGAAGCGAGUACACCCGCGAGCGAGGUGACCAGGCAAAUGUCUCGGAAGCCCCCAAGUCUGGAUGGGACUCGGACGAUGAACAGUCGGAAUGCGAGGAGAGGCAGCCAUGGAAAGCGCGGCUGCGCAGGAUGUCGCACUACUUCCCGCUGCCGCACAGAACGAAGGACAGGCGGAUGAGCUUGCCGAAUUUAAAGAAUUUGUGGCCCAAGUCACGGAGGAACAGCUUGCAGUCACCGGCAGUCAUUGCCCAGGGAAUCAAUGUGUGA